AUGAGCGACGAAUCACAGCACGGCUUCUCGUGCCCUACAAACCCUCCUCUAUUGAUGACGGAAAGGACAGCCUUCGGCACACGAGGAUGCAUUGUCUACGGCUAUCCCUCUAGUGGCGGGGUUCUCAUCAAGGAGGCCGAUCUCCUUGACAUGCUUUUCCUAUCGCUUUCCCGCUCCCAUGUAUCGCAUCGCGCAUCCAACCCGGACGAAGAGGACACAUUCUGCAAUCUGAUGCGACGUACUGGUGCGACACUGUGGCCGAGUGAACAGGCUUGGAUCGAUGUACAGAUGGGGAUAAGGGAUGCGACAGAAGAAGAAGAAAAGGUGGUAGUGUUUGGUUGGCCGAUGGAUGGGCGCGUCUGCAAGACAUGGCACAGCACCAUCGCGACCUCGCUCUCCCUGCUGCAGACGCUUUUCUUCGCACCGGCCAAACCGCAUAGGGGCCGGACGCCCAACCCCCUGAUAGAAAGUGUCUUCGCGGCCUUCUUCAGCACGAGCCUUGAACAUAAGGUGCCGCGCGGGGAAGCUCUGGAGUCUGUGGCGGCGAGGGGGAGGCUCUGGGCCAUGUUCCGCGCGGGGGCGAGCUGGCGCCGGAUGUACCCGGAGGCGCCGGCGUCGCACAAGAUCGGCUUCAUCCAGGUGCAAGGGAGAUAUGAGCUCACGUGCCUGGGCCUGCCGCGCAACGUGGGGUACUUCGGGGUGUACUGGAGGGAGAAGACAGACGACCCGCCGGUCAGCGCGUACUCAUGGAAGUGCGGGACGGAGGAUGUGACGCUGUCCAAGACGGUCGACGACGUCAGGAUCGUCGUGUGCUCGAUGCUGGGCGGCUCCGGACGCGAACUGGCGACGAAGGGGAAGCUACGUGAGGAGUAUAUGCCCGCGGACCUUGAGCGGUGCAAGGUGGAUCUCGAGUACGCCUCUUCCCAGGACUGGUUUGGGUGA